AUGAUUUCAGAAGACAUGCAGCCAUUUUCCAUUGUUGAGAACUGUGGUUUUCAGAAGUUAGUAAGACUUCUGGAUUCUCGCUAUACACUACCUAGCCGUAGAACAAUUGGGAGAACUCUUAUCCCAAGUUAUUACGAAACCACAAAGUCCAAUGUUUUUGGAUUAGUUUCUAAUGCAAAACAUGUGGCAAUUACUUUAGAUGUAUGGACAUCAAUGAAUACAGAGUCAUUUUUAACGGCAACUGUUCAUUUAUUUGAUGUGGAUUUUGAGUUGAGAACUUUUGUAUUGAGUACUGAAAAGCUGACUUCCAAUCAUACUGCAAAAUAUUUGUCUGAAGUUUUGCAUGGCAUUUUUCAUAGUUGGAAUAUUCGACAAAAAGUGUGUGCUAUCGUUACUGAUUCUGGGGCAAACAUUAAGGCAGCUGUACAUUUGAUGAACAUUGAACAUAUUCCUUGUACAGCCCAUAAACUAAAUAACAUUGUAAAAAAGUCUUUAAAAUUAGAUUCUGAUGACCCGUCAUUACCUCAUGAUCAGGUUCAAAUUAUUACUUUGGCCAAGUUGUGUCGCUCAAUUGUAGGCCAUUUCAAACAUAGUGAAGCAGAUACAAGGCAAUUGGCAGAGAAACAGCAACAGAUGGGUCUUACUGUUUUGAAAUUGAAACAAGAUGUUUCAACGAGGUGGAAUAGCACCUUAACUAUGCUUGAGCGACUUCUAGAGGUCAAAGAACCAUUAACUGUUGUUUCCUUGUCGCUUAAACGAUGUCCAACAAUGCCAACAAAUGAUCAAUGGACUGUCAUAGAAGAUCUAGUGAUGCUGUUAAAGCCAUUUGAAACGUUGACUGUUGAGCUGUCAUAUGAAAAAAAACCAACCCUAGGAAAAGUAAUUCCAUUAAUCAGAGGUCUUCAACUUUCAAUUGAAAAAAAAAUACCUAAAACAUCAUGUGGCACAUUUUUAAAAAAGUCACUACUUGAAAAUAUUUUUCUGGCAUACAGUUAUGUUGAACAGAUGAACCCGACACAUUUUUAUGCUAAAGCGACUUUAUUGACAAAAAAAAGCUACAAAGGUACAAAAAAGCUGCUUUUAUAUCUAAUACAAAUGCAGAUACAGCCCAGCAAGAGGUUCAAUAUGAAGCUGCUGAGUUAUUGA